UUUUCAAAUAAACAGGUGUCAGACACGGUCACCUUUACAUCCCGCUCCACGAGCUCCGGUCCCGCGUCACCGUGACGUGACAGCACGCCGCACGCGCCUCCUUCCGCCGCAGCCACGAUGGUUAAAUGUCCUGUUUGACGGUCGAGAGGUGUGAAGCUGUCACUUUUAAAAGGUCGGAGGAGAAUGCCAUUCAAGUUCGCAUGCUGGACCGCUUCAUUCAGUGGCUGACCCACUUCUCCACUGCAACCUGCCAGAAAACGUGACCAGUGGCAUCGAUAAUGAGAAUCAGAACCCCGUUCCCGCUGACCUGACCGUGAGACAGAGGAUGCGUCUGUGAACCCAAAGCCCCGUAAACACUUGCUCAAAUGCUCUCGGUCUGUUGUUGGUUGGGGUAGCAAGCGACACAUUAAAAGAGAGAGAGAGAGAGUGUGAGUUGGUGAGCUCAGAGCGGGGAUGGGGGGAGGAGGGGCUCUCAGACUCCACAACAACGAGAGAGAGACUGGUGAGGGGAGAGAGAAUGCGGCAGAAGGAGCGAGCAGACUGUCAGUGUACAACUCUGGGAGACGAGGAUACAGACGGAUUCACUCCUCUUCUUUUCUGGCUCUUCCCCUCUCCGUGUGUUUGGUUCCAUCGCUUCUAUCACUCUGAACACCUUUGCUCUCGAUCUCUCUCUGCCUCUCUCCCUCCAGCUGCUGAUCCCCUCUCUCCCUGCAGUCUUCAUUCCUCUGUCCUACAUCCAGACUUGCUGCUCUCUCCUCUCCCUCCUCUUUCUAACCUCUGACUGCCUGACAGUGAGCUUCCACCUCUGUCCUCUCUCUUCCUCUUCCUGUUUACAUUUCCCUCCAUUCUCCUUUUUUCUCUCUUUUAUUUUUCAAUUCAUUUGCACUUGUCCGUGAUCCAUCUGACUUUGUGUGCUGUGAGGAUGCCAGUGUUAGAGGGGCUCUGGGGCCCGGAUCUCAGGAUGCGCGACUCCGGUCUCGGCGUUGGGGUCGAUGUCGGGGUCUGUCCGGACGAAGAUUCCGGCUCGCCAGUGUGGGGUCCUCUCAGGACUCCUCCGGUCACCUGCGGGGGCCUGUCGCUGGCCCUGGAACUUCCCGCUCUCAUACGGCAGCUCAGGGCGGCCUGGAGGGCACGCAGGGGAGGCCCCCGGGGGUCAGAGAGAAGCGAGGCCAGCUCUUGGGUGGAGGCAGAUAAGGAGGAGGAGACCGAGGAGUUGAAGCAGGAUGUAGAAGACAGGAGCGCAAAUCUGAAAGCUGAUGGCAGACUGAGCACUGGUCAUGCUGGUGUGUUGCUGGCUGAGAGACGAGGCUCCUACCCUCUGAUCGACUUUCGCUGCCUGAAAAUCAGUCUCCAGCGGGGGGAGGUGGAGUCCGGCACCAGGAAGAAAGUCACGCGUCAGCUGAGCUUCCAGAGAUACUGCCACGCCUCCCGGCUGCUCAGGGGGUUGGUGCCCCCCACCCCCGGGUCCCUACACCUGCUGGACGACGACUACCUGGGACAGGCUGAGCACAUGUUGUCAAAGGUGGGCACAUGGACCUUUGACAUUUUCCUCUUCGAUCGUCUAACGAAUGGAAACAGCCUGGUGACUCUGAUGUGCCAUCUCUUCAAUGUCUACGGACUCGUUCAUCACUUCCAGCUGGACAUGGUCAAGCUGCACAGGUUUCUGGGUAUGGUGCAGGAAGACUACCACUCCCAGAAUCCCUAUCAUAACGCCGUUCAUGCUGCUGACGUCACUCAAGCCAUGUACUGCUACCUGAAGGAGCCCAGGCUGGCAGAGCAGCUGAGCCUCCAGGACGUGUUCCUGGGUCUGGUGGCAGCAGCCGCCCACGAUGUCGACCAUCCCGGAGUCAACCAGCCCUUCCUCAUCAAGACCAGACACCACCUGGCAUCUCUCUACCAGAACACGUCUGUGCUGGAGAGUCACCACUGGAGGUCGACGGUGGGCAUGCUGCGAGAGUCUGGACUGCUGUCUCACCUGCCUGCUGACAUGUCGCUGGACAUGGAGCAGCAGCUGGGCUCUCUCAUUCUGGCGACAGACAUCAGCCGGCAGAAUGAGUUCCUGUCGACCUUCAGAGAACAUCUGGACAACCAGGACCUGGACCUUCAGCUGGCGUCACACAGGCAUUUUAUGCUGCAGAUUGCUCUGAAGUGUGCAGACAUCUGUAACCCGUGUCGGGUUUGGGACCUCAGCAGACAGUGGAGUGAGAGAGUGUGUGAGGAGUUCUACAGACAGGGUGACCUGGAGAGAAAGUUUGACUUGGAAAUCAGUCCUCUGUGUAACCAGCAGGUGGACUCUGUCUCAGCCAUACAGACAGGUUUUAUCUCCUACAUCGUGGAGCCUCUGUUUGAGGAGUGGCAGCGUUUCACUGAGCCCAGCCUGCUCAGCCAGACCAUGAUGGCUCACCUGCAGAAGAACAAAGCUCACUGGAGCCGCCUGCGACACGCACAGACAACAUCAGACACACAGACGCACCCUUCUGACGACGAGCCCGAAGGAGGAGGUGGAGAGAACAUCCCUUAAUCUUCUUCCUGUUUCUCGGGGUGUUUUCCUCUUCCUUUGUCAGUGGAGCAGAGGAGUGUUUGGCAAACCUCCUUGUUUGUCCUCCAGCGUAUUUCCUCCCACUCCUGGGUGUUCAGAGUGGGAGCACAGGAUGGGAGUCUGGCCGGGAUUAGUGAGAUAUGGCUCCCUCUGCUGGUGCAGAGGAUUAUGGCACUGCAGGGGGGAAAAGACUGGGACGAAUCCACGAUUGAGGAAAAAAGGACGGAUUAUUUCGGUGAAUAAAUGCCAAUUGACAAUUUAACGUCACGCUCUGAAACCGUGUGAAAUCUGCUUCACAUUUUCCGAGACGUGGUCGUAGAAGUGAAAGGUUACGGCCGAUGACAGAAGAGGGAUCAGCAGAGACAAAUUUGCACAUUGCUGCCAGAACAAUAAAGAAAAGCCAAAAGUAUAUAUGAUUCUAACAAGUCAGCUGGACUGCUCUAUCACACGUGACAUGAAAUAUAUGGAUAUAUCGACUUUAAUGUGCUUUUUAAUCUUUAAGAUGACACAUAUUCACCUCUUUUCACUUCUCUCUUUUUGUACAGCUCACACUUCGGUUGGAUGCUCCACGUUUCACUGAAGUGCGUUUUAACUCUGAGCACUGAAUUGGUAUGUCAAGGUAUUGUAAAGUUGUAUUCUGUUUUAUCCUCACUGACACAAAGAGGCUUCAGCCGAGCCUCUCAAACUAAUCGUCACCAGGAUGUCGUCGGCCUCCGGCUGACUCACAGCUGUGGACAACACAGGCCUUUUUUUCUUUGUUAUCCAAGUGAGAGCCAUCUGUACCUACCGUGAAGUACGACCACAGCUCUUCACAUGCCAAAAUAUUCAGCCCCGUAUAAACCUUUUUACUGGGUAUGGAUAUCGUGAAACAAAACUCUCUCCUACCUUUCUAACGACUCGAUGGGUGCACUUAUUAAUCCAAUAACCUCACUUUUACGAGCCUUAACUCUUGGUCUCUCUGUGAAAAUACUGUUUUUUGAAAUCCAGGCAAAGCUUUUCUUACACGGUUAAGUCGUGAUUGCCUGUUUUUUCUUCAGCCAUACCAGCAGAUUGAAACACUGUUUGUUUCUCGUCUGAUCUCUCAGCCAGUGCUUGGGUCCGACUGGGUCUCACACUCAGUACCAAGGUGCCAACGUACUAUUCUAAUACACUCACCCACUGCUCUGUUACCUCUCUAAGGCUUUUCUACAUCACUGUCUUUUUACACUGGCAGCAGGCACUGUAUGCACUGUAUCUUGCACCAAUUGUUAACUAAUGAUACUUUUAAUUCUAACAUCUAAUUCAUUAUUAAGUAUCGAGUCAAUAAUACAGAUAAGUGUGUACUGUCGUUUAUUGUUCAAAUAUGUAAGAGUCAGUGCCUAAAAUGGCACUUAAAUGUAUAAUCUGAGUGAUGAGACUGGUCCACGUGGAGCUGAUGCAACUUGAAACAGAGUAUUUGUAAAUAUUUGUUGCUCCACUUGUAAGACGUACUGAUAUAAAACAGUAGUGUUUUGCCUCUCGGCUUGAAAUGUGUAAACGCUAGGUUUUUUCCUUGGUGGAGGCUGAGUGCACGGUGCCAGCAGAGGCCAUCACGUCUUCCCUCAGCUACGACAGAAGAAUAACCCUGAGCUUUAUGGUUCUAACCUCCCAGUUCAACACACAGUCUAUUCUACAGUCCGCUCAAAUAUUCAGAAGUGGAGAAACCAAUGAUAUAAUAAUGAAUAUAUGUGAGGUUUUUUUUUUUAAAGAGAAAAAAACAUUACACUAACUUAUAUUCACCUUUUCUGUGAGGUGUGGUGCAAUAAGGUUCAGUCACUGGCCAAGUUGUAAGAAAGAGGCCAUGUUCAUAUCUAUGUAUGGCUCUGGUUGUUUGAGUGAUGCUUACAUUCUGACUUUAGCACUCACUGAAACUCCCAGUAUAUGUAAAGCGACAGUAUACGUAAAGCCACAUGAAGUGCUGUCACUGUUUCUGAUGACUCUGCUGUAACCAGGUCACAGACACUCUCUGAGAACAUUUACUGUAAGAUACACACUCACUAUAGUUACCUACUGACCUAUUCAGCUUUCAGGGUCGAGAGCAAACCUGUGAACGGCGUGAAACGUCACUAAAUGCUACCUAAAACUGCAGUAUUUGUACUCUACGCCACUUUUACACGUCUCUGCUGUAGUGUAGACCUCUAGAUAAGCAUGGGCUGCCUUGUAUUUGAAUACCUCUCAGAUUCUGCGAUGAUACAGGGUGUCUAAGCCAUACUGGUUUUAAUAUCAAGAACAAAUAUGUACUGAAACUCUUUAUUGAGUGUUUUUAUAACAGAGGGAUUAUUAUUAAUUCUAUAUCAGAUAAGUAGCGUCUUAUUAAUAAGAAGUCUGACUGUGAUUGUCAAAAAGAGAUUCAACUGGUAUAUAUAUAUAUAUAUAUAUAUAUAAUAGUGCCAUAAUGAGAUCAGACACAAAUAACUCAGCAGAAAUAUCAACUAUGAACAUUUUUAUGCAUGUGCACUGAGAUCUUUUCCUUUUUUAUGACCUGAGUAAAGCGCCAUCAAUGUUCAGAAGUAACCACUGAGCUCAAUCAACCAAUCCUGAGGUGCUGCUCCACCCCAGGUUUAACUGUGUCAUCCACUAAUCAACGUUUAACCACAGCUCCCAGUAGGAAGUGGAAAAUAUCUUGUUUGACCUAAAUGGUUUGUCACUGUGAGACAAAGCAGCCCCUGUAGUGGCUCUCUAUCAUAUCAGUUCCUAUGUCUAUCUUCUCUGAAUGGGUUUAAUAUUCUGUUUUGUCCAUGUUGGCUUUAAGUUGCAGUUUGUGACUUUCCAUGCACAUGUUAACUACCUGAUGGACUUAAAGCAACGCUAGGCAACUUUUACUGAGCAACAGCGCCCUCUGCUGCCACACGAGAGGAUUCAUUCGGUUGGGCUCCAACCGCACAGUCCCACUCACUGCACUGAAACAAAACUUAUUGGUGGAUUUUACCCAGAUCCCCAGCUUCCUGACACAAAUACACCAAACUUUGUUUAGAAUUCUAGAUGUUUUAAAAGUUGAAAAGAUAAACUCUGGUUCGAGUAUUUUCAACUGAUCUACAGUUAAGGCAAACUUGCUGGUUAACGAUUCUGGGGAAUGUAACCGACAACCUGUUAGUUACAGAUCAUAACCCCUCACCAAAGUUACACAGAUUAAGAUUAAGACUUUUAAAGCUGCUAUUUUAAAGUAAAAAAGUUACAUAGUGUUGCUUUAAAGUCUUUGAAGGAAAAAAAAUCUGCCUAAAAAUUACUAUGGAACUUUUGAAUGAAACCUUUCAAAUUAAGCUCUGACGUCUUGACUGUAUGCGUCUGUUCUGAUAACCAACCUCUGAGCACUGUGAACUAUACAAUAAAUGUUUUCCAAUUAAUCUCACACACAUAA